UCCCCGCGUCGCGGAUCACGGCGUGUUUCGCCUUUUAAAUCGAAUCGAUUGAGUUCAACGCCACUCUCCAACUUUCCAUAAGUACACCACAUGGUUAGGAAAACCCAAGAGAGGAUAAAAUGGCGUUCACCAUACCUUGUCUAGCUGUCAGAGGUUCUACUGGCAUCGGCAUAUCACAGGGUCCACCAACCUAUGAUGCUGUCUCAUCUUUUCGCAAAGAUGAUAGCAAGAAUUGCAAGGCCAUGGCCUUCAGUCACAAAGGCAAGUAUUUUGCCUGGAUCAAUGGGAUGGUGGUCAAAGUUGUGCUUUGUGAAACAUGGCAGGUUGUGGCCACCAUCGACAGACCCAAAGUUCAAGCACUUGAAUUUUCCCCUCAAGAUACUUACCUCAUGACGUGGGAACCUUUCGUUGUUUCUCCAGCAAAUCAACAAAGUACUCCUAAUCUCUGUUUUUGGGAUCCCAAAAGUGGAAACUUGGUAAAAAGUUUUGUUCACAAAAAACAAACAGAUUGGGAACCAGAAUGGUCAAAAGAUGAAAAAGUUUGCGGAAUGUUGAUUAAUAACGAUGUGGUGCUUUAUGAAGACUCCAAUUUCGAUAAAAUUUUGCAUAGGAUAAAUAUGGCUAAAAUUGGAAGAUUUAGCAUAGCUCCAAGUACUGCCCCAUAUCAUGUAGCGUGUCAUAUGCCGGGAAAAUCUGGUCAACCAUCUUUUGGUAGAUUAUUUCAAUACCCUAAAUUCCAAGCAAGUCAACCAAUAGCAAAUAAAAGUUUCUUUCAGGAUGAUAGGGUUGAUUUUUACUGGAAUAAACACGGCACUAGUGUACUAUUACUUAGUAGUGCAGAAGUUGAUAAAACUGGUUCAAGUUAUUAUGGCAAACAAACUCUUCACUAUUUAGACACAAAAGGCCAAACUGCUUUAGUAACACUGGGCAAAGAGGGUCCCAUUCACGCAGUACAGUGGUCCCCUAAACAGACUGAAUUUUUAGCUAUAUAUGGUUUCAUGCCUUCAAAAGCAACAUUAUUCAACAUGAAAUGUGAACCAGUAUUUGAAUUUGGAACAAAGCAUCGAAACACUAUUUGUUUUAAUCCGUUUGGCAAUAUUAUGAUUUUAACUGGUUUUGGCAACUUGAGAGGUGGAGUAGAAUUAUGGGAUAUGGAGAAAAGAAAGCUUAUUGCAACUUCGGAUGCUCCUGAUAGUACUCUUUUGGAAUGGUCACCUGAUGGUGAACAUUAUAUGACUGCAACUACGGCUCCGCGACUUAGAAUGAGCAAUGGAUUUAAAAUUUUCCAUUACACUGGAACGUUAUUGUAUGAAAGACCUUGGAAUAAACAAGAAGAGUUGUGGCAAGUGUCGUGGCAAAAGUUUCCUGAAGGUACUUUUAAGGAAAAGCCGAUUAGUUAUAAGGCAGUUGAGGGUAUCGCACCUAGUCAACCUCAAGCAUCUAAACAAGUUUAUCGCCCUCCAUCUGCUCGAGGCCAACCAUCUACUUUCAAAUUACACGAUGAACUAGAUGACCCAAAACCAACUGAGUCGAAUCUAUCAAAGAAUGCAUUAAAAAUUAAGAAAAAACGCGAAGCCAAGAAAGCUAAAAAGGAACUAGAAGCUGCACAAAGUCAAACGCUAAGUAGUUCUGUAGCUGAAAACGGUCAAACUAAUAAUCCUACGCCUAAAGUUAGCAGCGUAAUAACGAAUUUUGAGCUUAGCGAGGAUCCCGAGAUAAAUAAGAAAAUGAAGAAAAUCAAGCAAAAACUUGAACAAAUCUCUAAACUCAAAGAACAACAAGCUCAAGGUAAACAAUUAGAAAUCAAUCAGCUGGAUAAAAUUAAAAAGGAAUCAGAACUUCUGAAAGAACUCGAACAAUUGGUUUUGUGAUGUUGCUAAACAAUUUUAAGACAAUAUCAGGUGGUUGUUAAUAAUCAGUAAUAACUUGGGCCAGAUACAUUGCCGUGAUGGAUAAAACUUAUGCAUGAAUGAUUCGUGAUCUGUGAUUGCUGAUGAAACUUGGUGCACCAAAAAAGUUAAUUUGUAGUGAUGUUGAAUUCUUAUAAAUCGAUGUAAAUGAGUUGUCAAAAAAACGAACGUAAUUUUUAGGAUUCAUAAAAAUUAAUAAAAAAAAACAUGCAAUUUCCCUUCCAAAAAUAAAAUUUAUGUGUCAUCGUGCAUUUGGUGGCAUUUCAAGUGUAGCCCGGCACAACUGUAAAAUUUGCUACAUGUGAAAAAUCUUGUUCCUGCGAACACAUUUAUUGUACAUACAUUCAUCCCACUGUGUUCAUUCGUAAUAAUAUCAACACUAUUUUCAUAUUGUUGAAGCUAUUUCUAUGGGAAUUUCUGAAGCAUCCAAGAGAUCUCUUGUUUAACUGGUGCUUCUGAAUUUUUGUCUCUUUUCUUACAUUGUGGGUUUUUUCUUGAAUGUAGUUUAUUUUAGUUUUGGAAUAAGAGUGGCAGUUAUUUUUCUGCAAUUGUACAGAAUCAAUGAAUCCAGAUAACAAUAUUGAAAAAACAAUUUGAAAU